ACGAAAACCCCCGUAGAAAUUCACCUUUCAAAAAACUCCUCAAACCCUUGUUUCAUCUUCCCUCGUCCUCUUCCGUAUUCUCAAUUCUCAAAUGUUCGAUCCAAAAAAGCCCUGCCCUAGAUUUUUCCCCAAAUCAUCAGUUUACUAAAACCCUAAUUUCUUACCUAAGUCAAUAUUCUCAUCCAUCAUGCCAUUGUUCAUCUCCGAUGAAGAUUUCGAACGAUUUAAAAUCGCCGGCGAUGUUUCAGCUAUUACGGAGAAAGCAGAUUCAUUCAUUCGCGAUCUUUACGCUAAUCUUGAAACUGUUAAAGCCGAAGCUGAUGCUGCCGCCAUUACUGCCGAACAAACUUGUUCUCUUCUCGAGCAUAAACAUGUUUCGCUCUCAUCCGAGUUCGCUUCACUAGAAUCUCGUUACUCGCAACUCGAUUCUAAUCUCCAGCAACGAAUUUCUGAACUUGCUCAAAUUCAAUCUGAGAAGCACCAACUUCAUCUCAAAAUCAUUGAAAAAGAUGGGGAGAUUGAAAGGCUCUCAAUGGAGGUUAAGGAGAUGCAAAAGUCAAAGAGACAAGUUUUGGAAUUGGUAGGUUUGAAGGAUGCAGAGAUGGGUGAGAAGAAUGCUACUAUCAAAAGUUACCUUGACAAGAUUACAGACUUGACAGAGCGUGCCGCACAAAAGGAAGCUAGGGUGAGUGAGCUUGAGGCAGAGCUGGUCCGCUAUAGAGCUAGCAAUGACAAACUCUUGCAGGAGAAGGAGCUUAUUGAGAAGCAUAAUGCUUGGCUUAAUGAUGAAUUGACCGUGAAAGUUGACAGUCUGCUGCAGCAGCGUAGGAAGAGUGCAGAAAUUGAGGCAGAUUUGACGAUGAAAUUGACUAAUAUGGAGAAACAGUACAAUGACUGUUCUAAAUCUUUGAGUAGGCAUAAGGAGAGGGUCAGGGAGCAGGAAUCAAAUUUGGAAUCUUUGCAGCAAGAGUUACAUUCUGCUAAAGAUGACAUUUCUGCUGCUGAACAACGGUAUUCAGUAGAAAUUUCAACAGUUUCUAAGCUUGUUGAUCUGUAUAAGGAGAGUUCUGAGGAGUGGUCCAAAAAGGCCGGAGACCUGGAGGGUGUGAUAAAGGCUUUAGAAACCCAUGUAAGUCAAGUUGAAAGUGAUUACAAAGACAGGCUUGAAAAGGAAAUUGCUGCCAAGAAAGAGUUGGAAAAGUUAUCUGCAGAGUUGAAGGAAAAACUGGAAAAAUGCGAGGCUGAACUCGAGUCAAGUAGGAGAGCUAAUGAGCUGGAGAUUUUUCCUUUGAGUAGUUUUACCACUGAGGCCUUGAUGCAUGAUGCACACAGAAACGACAUUGGUGGAGAUAGUCUUGCUGUUGUUCCGUAUGUUCCAGCAGGUGUGUCAGGAACAGCAUUGGCAGCUUCCCUACUCCGAGAAGGUUGGAGUUUAGCUAAAAUGUAUGCCAAGUAUCAGGAAGCUGCAGAUGCAUUACGGCAUGAGCAGCUGGGAAGUAAGCAAACACAAGCAAUUUUGCAGAGAGUUCUACUUGAAAUAGAGGAGAAGGCUUCCGUCAUCUUGGAUGAAAGAGCAGAACAUGAAAGAAUGGCUGAAGCUUAUGCUUUGAUGAAUCAGAAGCUGCAACAGUCUCUUUCUGAGCAAAGUAAUUUAGAGAAAGUUAUCAGAGAAUUGAAGGCAGAGUUAAAGAAGCAUGAACGUGAGUAUGGUUAUGCUCAGAAGGAGAUCAAGGAUCUUCAAACCCAGGUUACCAUCCUUCUAAAGGAAUGUCGUGAUGUACAACUGCGAUGUGGUCUUAAGAGUUCUGAAUUUAUCAACGACGAUAUAGUUGUUCCUUUGUCUGAAGCUGAUGAUGAAUCUGAGGCCCAGAAGGUUAUAUCCGAACACUUGCUCUCUAUUAAAGAUAUAAAGGGCUUGGUUGAACAAAAUGCUAAGCUUAGAAGUUUGUUACGAAGCUUUUCUGAUGAUAUUGAAAACAAGGAACUACAGGUAAAAGAACAAUAUGAGAAGGAGCUCCAGAGGCACAAGGAGGAGGCUGCCUCCAGAGUUGCUGCUGUCUUAGAAAGAGUUGAGGAGCAGGGACAAAUGAUUGAAUCACUGCACUCAUCUGUGGCUAUGUACAGGAGAUUGUAUGAAGAGGAACAUAGACUCCGCUCAUCCCAGUCUCAGUCUACUGAAGUACCUCCUCCCUCAGAUGGUAGGAAAGACUUCAUGGUGCUCCUGGAAGGAUCACAGGAAGCCACAAAGAGGGUUCGGGAACAGGCCAGUGAACGUUUGCGUUCCCUUGAAGAUGAGUUGGGCAGCCGUAAGGCGGAGAUCAUAUCCUUGCGUUCUGAGAGAGAUAAGUUUGCGAUGGAUGCAAAGUUUUCCCAAGAGAAACUUGAGAGGUUUCUCAAAGAAUUCGAUCAUCAAAGGGAGGAAAUGAAUGGAGUCUUAGCAAGGAACAUCGAGUUUUCUCAGCUAAUAGUUGAUUACCAGAAGAAGCUCCGGGAAAGUGCUGAAUCUGUAAACACAGCUGAGGAGCUGUCACGAAAAUUGAACAUGGAGCUUUCUGUAUUAAAACGUGAGAAAGAUUUACUUGUGAACUCUGAGAAACGAGCUCAUGAUGAAGUUCGAGAUUUGUCUCAAAGGGUACAUAGACUUCAAGCUACUUUGGAUACCAUACAAAAUACAGAACAAGUUCGGGAGGAAGCCAGAACUGAAGAAAAGAUGAAGCAAGAGGAGUACAUUAAGAAAAUUGAAAGAGAAUGGGCUGAGGCCAAGAAGGAGCUCCAGGAGGAAAGGAACAACGUCCGAACCCUUUCACUGGAUCGCGAGAACACUCUAAAAGAUGCCAUGAGGCAAGUUGAAGAUAUGGGCAAGGAAUUAGCUGCAGCAUUGCAGGCUGUUACAGCUGCAGAAGCCAGGGCUGCAGAGGCCAGGGUACGAUGUGCUGACCUUGAAAGAAACUUGAAAUCUUCUGAAGCCAAGGAUUCUGAGCAGGAUGUAUUGAAACAAUCUCAAUCCUCAGCUGGUGAGAUUUUAGGGGACUUAAUAGCGGCAAAGGAAGAGAUUGAACGAUUUAAAGCAGAAUCUCAAGCAAGUAAAGAUCACAUGCUUCAGUAUAAAAGCAUUGCAGAAGUGAAUGAGGCAGCGUUGAAGCAAAUGGAAAAUGCUCAUGAGAACUUCAGGAUUGAGGCUGAACAACUGAAGAAAGCUCUUGAAGCAGAAAUCCAGUCAUUCAGAGAUCGAGUCACUGAACUUGAAAGUGAAUCUAGUUUGAAAUCCAAUGAAGCUGCCUCUGCAGUUGUUCAGAAAGAUGAAGCUCUUGCUUCUGCUUCUGCAGAAAUUAACACCUUGAAGGAAGAAAUUUUAAACAAAGUUUGUCAGAUUGAGUCAUUGGAAGUUCAGGUCACUAUUGUGAAAGAUGAUCUAGAGAGGGAGCACCAACGAGCAAUUGCAGCUCAAGCCAAUUAUGAAAGGCAGGUUAUCUUGCAAUCGGAAACUAUACAGGAGUUGACAAAAACAUCGCAGGCUUUGGCUUCACUUCAGGAAGAAGCAUCUGAACUGCGGAAAUCUGUUGCUGCUUAUCAAUCUGAAAAUAAUGAGCUCAAGGCUAAGUGGGAUGUGGAGAAAUCGGAAAUGGAGAAGUCACAGAGUGAAGUUACAAAGAAAUAUGAGGAGCUUAAUGAACAAAAUAGAAUUCUGCACUGUCAGCUUGAGGCAAUGCACAUAAAAUUAGCUGGGACAGAUGCUGAUGCUGAUGCUGUUGCUGUUGGAGUAACUUCGUCAAGUACUUGUACCACCUCGCCAAGUGACGCUGGCUUGCAUAGUGUUGUUAGCUAUCUCCGACGCUCAAAGGAAAUUGCAGAAACAGAGAUCUCAUUGCUGAAACAGGAGAAACUUCGGCUGCAAUCCCAACUUGAGAGAGCUCUAAAAACAGCCGAGGCAGCAGAAGCAUCUCUUAGUGCAGAGCGUGCCAAUUCAAGAAACUUCUUAUUCACAGAUGAUGAGUUUAAGGCAUUGAAACUUCAGGUGAGUGAAAUGAACUUGCUACGGGAGAGCAAUAUGCAACUUAGAGAGGAAAACAGAUACAACUUCGAAGAAUGCCAAAAACUGCGUGAAGUUCUGCAGAGUGCUAAAGUUGAGACUGAGAAUAUGCAGCACCUGCUUAGGGGAAAGGAAGUUGAAGCUGAAUCCCUCAGGAAGGAUAUAGAACUACAUAAGAACGAGCGAGAGCAUUUGGAAAGCAGAAUUUCUGAUUUGCUUGAAAGAUCUAAAAAUAUUGAUAUAGAGGACUACAAUCGGUUGAAAAGUGAGGUUGAGCAGCUGCAUGUUACUUUGACAGAAAAGGAUGCUGUGGUUGAGGAAACAAGGAAAGUUGUCGCUCAGAAAGAAGAAGUGAUUGCAAAGUUAGAGCAAGACCUUUCACGGAUCAGAUUGGAGUUAAGUGAAAGGGAAAGUCGUCUUUCUCAAGCCGAGGCUAGUUUGAAAUCGGAUGCUGAAAAGCAAAAGAAGCUUGUUGUUCCUUUUAAGCGGAAGAUUGCUGAACUUAACAGAGAGAAAGAAUUGUUGAUUAAAGAAAAAGAAGCUCUUUUGAAAGAGAAGGAUUCACUAGUAAAAGAAAGAGAGCUAUUGGCAAAAGAGAAGGAACUCUUAUCCAAGGAGAAGGAGGAACUAAGCAAACAGUUGGAGGAUCUUCGUCAAGAAAAGAAAUCUUCUGGGGAUGCUCUUGUUGAUCCCAAGGAGAAGGAAAAAGAUGCCAGGAUACAGAUUCUGGAGAGUACUUUGGGAAGAUUGAGGGAAGAUAACAAGAAAGAGAAAGAGAAGCGCAUGACCAAUGAGAAAAUAAUUGCUGCAAAAGUUAGAAGUGUUGAUCUUGAAAAAAAGAAGUUUGAAAAUGAACAUGGAAAGCAUAAGGAGGCCUUGAAGAAGAUUUCUGAUGAGCUCGAGAAACUCAAACAUGCAAAGGACAGCCUUCCCGAGGGAACCUCGGUGGUUCAGCUUUUGUCCGGUUCUACCUUGGAUGAUUUGGCAUCAGCUUACGUGUUAGCAGUUGAAAGCUUUGAAAAGGUGGCACAUUCUGUCUUCAAUGAUGUAGGGAACCAGGCUUCUGUGAGUAAUACUUCCACCACAGAAUCAAAUCCAUCUGUAGGUGUUAGCUCUCAGGCACUCCCAACUGAAGCUCCAAGUACUAUAUCAUCUAUGACUGCUGCUAGCUUACCCAAAAGUGUAACUGAAGACAGAGAGAAGAGAGUUUCUUUGCUUAAAACUAAUGUUGAAACGCGAAAAACUGGUAGGAAGUUGGUUCGACCUCGACUCAGAUCAUCGGAAGAACCUCAGCGUGAUGUUGAGAUGUCAGAUUUGGAUGGCAAAAACGGGGGGAAGCCUGCUGUAGCUUCGGAAAUGGCAACACAGUCCAAUGUCCCUGUGCCCACUGAACAUUCCAUUCGGAAACGUCCUGCUUCUCCCUCUCCAUCCGAGGUGCAAGAAGAAUCACUUUUGCCUGAAGAUUCUAGCUCUGAUAUGCCUGAACCUGCUUUCAAGAAGUCCAAAGGCCUAGAACCUGUUCGAGAGGAUGUUGAAGAGCAUUCUGGUGCUCCUGAGAAUUCUGAAUCUGUUCCAACAGUUGAAGCUUUACUUGAUGCAGCUACUGGCAUUCCUCAAAGUUCAAUUGAAGAACCUUCUGAGUUUGUGAAGGAAGAUUUUGAUAUUUUGCAAGGACUUGGAAAGGAGGCUGGAGAACCUCACGAUAUGGAUGAUGAAAAGACAGUGGAUAUAGUGAGAGAUAGUGAUAUUGUUGAUGAAGAACAUGCCGAGAAGCCAAGUGAAGCAGAUACAACGAUGGAUGAAGCAUCAAAUUUGCAGACUGAGAAAGACGUUCAACAGCAUAUGACUGAUGUCAUUGAAAGAGAAGGGGAGCUCCCAGAAGGUUCAGACCUUGAUGGUGCCGAUGAUACAGCUGUCGUAGGAAGUCAAGAUGUCUCUGAAGUUCAUCCUGAGCACUCUGGUGCAGCUUCAAUACCAUCACCGGCUCGCAAUGAUGAAUUUCCUGUCACUUCUGUCAAUGUGGAGGUCAAUGAAAUGAAUUCUCCUGAUAUAUCAAAUCCAAAUGAACAGGCUGAAGAAGGGGAAUUUGCUGAAGAUGUCGCUGAAGAUUCAGAUAAAUCUGCUGAUGGUAAUGAUCAAAUCAAUGGGGAUGCUGAUCACACUAGUGAAGUUGGUUCUGCUUCAGCUGAAGGGAAUACGGGUUCUGUGGAAUCUGUUGUAGCCAGAGAAGGUAGUCCCAUUGGAACAGCUGGUCAAGAUGUCGGACAGCUUUCACAUGUUAGAACAAGCUCAUCAACAAUUAAUAUAAAUGAGAGAGCCAGGCAGCGGGCAGCAGCUAGGCUUGGACGUUCCCCUGCCCCAGCUUCAACCUCUACUCCCUCAACUGCUGCAAGAAGAGGACGAGCACCAUUAACACGCAGUCGAGGUGGCCGGGCUGUUCGAGGUGGUCGUAGACCAAUGUCUGGUGAUCAGAGCUGACGCUAAUGAGACUAAUUUAAAGGGAUAACAUCUACGUUCAGGGGCAGGAGAGGUUCAAAGAUGAAUUUCAUUUAUUUCAAAGGUAGUGACAUGUGAUAGGACGCUGUACAAAAAAAGGCGUUGGAAGAGGAUUCAUGUAUGUUUCAUUUUGUUGUUACUUGUUAGUAAUUUGGUAAAUGAAGAUCGAUCGCAAGUUCCUGAUUCAGCCAUUGUAAUUCGACAGAAGUUUACUCAUGGGUAAUGGCAAGCUAAACUCGGCACAAAUUUUGUCGGAGAUUCUAAGCGAAAGUUUUUUGUAGAAAUGAGCAAGAGCAUCCAUUAUAAUUUAAGGUUUAGUCGUUGAUCUCAUGACUUAAAAGAAUCAACUUUAUUUUUGGAUAUCCAUGUAUGAUCAUGGAUAAUGCAUGGCAUGAUCUCUUAUGUUGACUUAUCUUUAGUUCAUGAGCUAACCCUGUAUAAUUUGAAUAUGAUUGCGGAUUAUUCAUAUUGAUCUGGAUAUGCCCGAGUCAUAGAUAUUCAACGACAUCAUAAAAUUUGUUUUUUAUGUCUAUAGACCCCCCAAUGUUGCACUUGGGAAAGAAAAGCAAUAUCUAUUAUCUAUGACUUGUUUUUUGCAUCA